AUGUCUCACAAGGUUCACGACAUCACCUCUAAGGCCGAGUUCGCCGAGAAGGUUACCAACUCCACCGACGCCAUCGUCCUUGACUGCUUCGCUACCUGGUGCGGUCCUUGCAAGGCUAUCUCCCCCAAGGUCGAGGAGUUCAGCAACACCUACCCCAACGCCAAGUUCUACAAGAUCGACGUCGACGAACUGUCCGAGGUUGCUGCCGAGCUCGGUAUCCGUGCCAUGCCCACUUUCCUGCUCUUCAAGGACGGCAAGAAGUUCGACGACCUCACCGGUGCCAACCCCAAGGGUCUGGAGCAGAAGAUCCAGGCUCUGCUUGCAUAA